GACAAAGCCAGCCCUGGCCCGUCGGUGAAAACAACCACGCGGAGGCGCAAGCAAAACUGGGACUCCGGGGGUUGCCGUAGGUCCCAGCCAAAGACUGGGAGGAGUCGUCUAGCCAGGAUCCGUGGGAAGUACCCUCGACUGUUGGAGAGGAUGCCGUACCUGGGCUCGGAGGACGUGGUGAAAGAGUUGAAGAAAGCUAUGUGUAAUCCUCACAUUCAGGCUGAUAGGCUGCGCUACCGGAAUGUCAUUCAGCGAGUGAUUAGGCACAUGACUCAGGGAUUGGACAUGUCUGGUGUUUUCAUGGAAAUGGUGAAGGCCAGUGCCACUAUAGACAUCGUUCAGAAGAAACUGGUUUAUCUGUACAUGUGCACCUACGCCCCCCUGAAACCAGACCUAGCUCUCCUUGCCAUCAACACCCUGUGCAAAGACUGCUCAGACCCCAACCCGAUGGUGCGAGGGCUGGCCCUGCGGAGCAUGUGCAGCCUCCGGAUGCCUGGUGUACAGGAAUAUAUCCAACAGCCUAUUCUCAACGGUCUACGGGAUAAGGCUUCAUACGUCAGGAGAGUGGCAGUCCUUGGCUGCGCAAAGAUGCAUAAUCUUCAUGAAGACUCUGAAGUGGAUGGUACCCUGGUAAAUGAAUUGUACAGCUUGCUGCGUGACCAGGAUCCAAUUGUGGUUGUCAACUGCCUGCGGUCUCUAGAGGAGAUUCUGAAGCAUGAAGGGGGUGUUGUCAUCAAUAAGCCCAUUGCCCAUCAUCUCUUAAAUCGAAUGUCAAAGCUGGACCAAUGGGGACAGGGGGAAGUAUUGAACUUUCUGCUCCGCUACCAGCCCCGCAGCGAGGAGGAGCUGUUUGACAUUCUCAACCUCCUGGACGGCUUUCUCAAGAGCAGUAGUGCAGGCGUGGUGAUGGGGGCCACCAAACUCUUCCUGGCCCUGGCCAAAAACUUCCCCCACGUACAAAAGGACGUGCUUGUGCGCGUCAAGGGACCUCUGCUUGCCGCUUGCUCUUCAGAGAGCCGCGAGCUCUGCUUCGCCGCCCUUUGCCACGUACGCCAGAUCUUGCAUAGCUUGCCGGGUCACUUCAGCCGCCACUACAGGAAGUUUUUCUGCUGCUACUCGGAGCCCCACUACAUCAAGCUGCAGAAGGUGGAGGUGCUGUGUGAGCUGGUGAACGACGAGAAUGUGCAGCAGGUGCUAGAGGAGCUUCGAGGGUACUGCACCGAUGUGUCUGCCGACUUUGCACAGGCUGCCAUUUUUGCCAUUGGUGGCAUUGCCAGGACCUACACAGAGCAGUGCGUGCAGAUCCUGACAGAGUUGCUGGGACUCCGACAAGAGCACGUCACCACCGCGGUGGUGCAGACUUUCCGAGACCUGGUGUGGCUGUGCCCUCAGUGUGCCGAAGCUGUGUGCCAGGCGCUGCCAGGCUGUGCAGAGAACAUUCAAGACAGUGAGGGAAAGCAGGCGCUCAUUUGGCUACUUGGGGUCCACGGGGAAAGAAUCCCAAAUGCACCUUACGUGUUGGAGGACUUUGUAGAGAAUGUGAAGUCCGAGACGUUUCCAGCUGUGAAGAUGGAGCUGCUCACCGCACUGCUACGCCUUUUCCUCUCGCGGCCCGCUGAGUGCCAGGACGUGCUGGGCCGCCUGGUGUACUACUGCAUAGAGGAAGAAAAGGAUAUGGCAGUUCGGGACCGAGGUCUCUUCUAUUACCGCCUGCUCUUGACUGGUAUUGAUGAAGUGAAGCAGAUCCUGUGUAGCCCGAAAUCGGACCCAUCUCUUGGGCUAUUGGAAGAUCAGGCAGAAAAACCCGUGAAUAGUUGGGCCUCAGACUUCAACACACUGGUGCCAGUGUAUGGCAAAGUCCGCUGGGCAACCAUCUCUAACCUCCAGAGGGCAGAACGCCGUGGCCCAGAGCUUCCUGCCCCUGCAUCCUUUGCCACAUCAGAACCCUUGAUUCCUGAAGAGAACAAGGAGCAGAUACAAGAGCUCUCGGAUGCUGGAGCCCUUACACUGGUCCCCAAUCACCAGAUUACUGCGGAGUAUUUUGAGAAAACAUGGCUGCGCCUCAAAGUUGCUCAUCAGCAAGUGUUGCCUUGGCAGGGAGCAGUCCAUCCCGACACCCUCCAGGUGGCCUUGCAAGUAGUGAACAUCCAGACCAUUGCAAUGAGCAGGGCAGGUGCCCGGCCCUGGAAAGCCUACCUCAGUGCUCAGGAUGACUCAGACUGCCUGUUCCUAGCAGAACUGCUGCUGGGACCAGACCCCUCGGAGAUGCAGGUCUCAGUGAAACAGCAGGAGGCCAGGACCGAGGCCCUCAGCAGCUUCAUUUCUGUUCUAGAGACUGUGCUCGGAACAAUCGGAGACAUCACAUCCUAGCCCAUGUGAGCUGUCGUCCUGCCCUUAGUGGUUCCUAGUCGAGCUGCCUGGAAAUCCAUGGCAUGUCAGAUUCGAAGGAGGAUGGGAAAUCUAG